AUGGGUUGUUCUUUGUUACCCUCUUUAGGUGUGCAACCAAGCUUGUACAAUCACCUUUUUGAAUCAAGGGCGAAACGAUAUGUCAAUGAUGACGCACCACUCUUCAUUGAUGCCGUUGGUGCUAAGCGAUUCUUAUCGUUUGCACAGCUACGGAAUCACGUUCGUGCAUUUGCUGCCCAUCUUAUCGAUCAAGGCGUGCAGCAAGGUGAUAUUGUAGCCAUUUGUGCACCUGGAGCUAUUGAGUACCCCAUAGUCAUGCAUGGUGUGAUUGCUUCAGGUGGUGUGGCAAUGCUUGUCCCGGAUGCAUUAAUUGGUCGAGAAAUUGCGGCAUUGUUCAAGAUGGCAAAACCAGCCAUGGUGGUAACACAUGCCAAGACCCAGCUAGCUGUACAAGAAGCUAUUCAUGCGUGUAACCUGCAUGGAUCAACACAUGUGGUGGUGAUGGAUAACUCACUGCUGUUGCAUAAGGAUGCUUCAUCCCUUGUGAAAACCCCAGCAAUGUAUGUCGAUCCAGAUGCAGCUGCUAUCUUGUUGGUUACUUCAGGUUCAACAGGGCCACCCAAAUUGGUCACUGUAUCGCAUCGAGCUGCCAUUGCACGCGCAGAGGUAUCAAGUAGCCACUUUUUACCUUUAAUGCAUGAUGGAUACGAUCACCGAGUGCUUGUGGCUACCCGAAUGGGUGGUGCAGUACAAGUACACAAUGCUUUGCUUGCUGGUGUACAACUUGGAUUACCCCAUUACGUAUAUCAAACCAUCAAUUUACAUGCCGUGUGUCGUCUGGUGGAAAGGCAUCGGAUUACGGCCUUAUAUCAUUUUGGUUGGGUCACUGCCCAACUCGCUCACGAUCCCAUUAUUCAUACCUUUGACAUGAGCAGCCUGCAAUAUUGGAUCACAGGAGGUCAAGUCGUCAGCCGCCAUGUGGCAAAUCAGGCCACGCGCGCUUUGCUUAGUGGCUGUAGGUCUCGUGGUCAGCUUCCACGUGUCCUAUGUAAUUAUGGAUCAUCAGAGGCACACAACAUCUUUUAUUAUCGUCAUGCAUCCGAUGGAUCGUGGCAAGUAAUACCACAGGAUGGUUUCCAGAUCAAGCUGGUGGAUGACCUAGGAAAAGUUUUAAAAGAGCCUAAUACUGUUGGAGAGCUUUGCAUCAAAAGUCCCAUGGGCUACUACAACAAUCCAAAUGCUACCCUUGAAGCAUUUGACGAUGAUGGCUUCUUCCAUACAGGUGAUCUCUUUACGUCCGACGCAAACAAUAACCUGAGAUUUGUUAAUCGAAAAUCCGAACGCAUCAAGCGCUUCACCAAAGAUAUCUGCCCUAGGGACAUUGAAGAGAUAUGCAUCAUGUUCAGUGACUUGAUUCAAGAAUGUCGGGUGGUGGGGGCUUACGACGCACGACGAUGUCUUGAAGUCCCUCGUGCAUAUGUGAUUCUUGCACGCGACCAUGAAUGUGACAAGGAACAAUUUGCAAAGGAGUUGAUACAAUUUGUUAAUGCUAGAGUGCCUGAUCCAGAGAUGAGGUUGGAAGGAGGGGUGCAAUUUGUCAUGUCGUGGCCUUUGACGACAGCCGGCAAAAUGGAUUUGUUUGGGUUACGCAAAAGGGCGCAAAUCGAGUUGUUGCAGGAUCAACACUAUCAACACGGCGUAGAGCAACAAGCAGGGGCAGCAAUGAUGGCUCCCAUGACCAGCAGCAAAUUAUAA